UCAGUGGAGUUGAACGGAUUAAGCUCCGGUAGUGGUAGACAAGCGGCAGAGCGAUCGAUCGUUUAGAGCAGAGCUGAGCUGAGAGCGCCGGCCAUGGGGUUCGCCGUGUCGCUCAUCAACGCCAUGUUCCGGCGGGCGUUCACCUCCGCCGGCCUCCGCCCGCACUCCGCCGUCGUCGACGACGACGGCACCACGCUGCACUUCUGGGCGCACCGCUCUCUCCUCCCCUCCUCCAAGAAUGGCGCGGCGGCGGCGGGGGGCUCGAAGGAGACGACGACGCGGCGGCCGGUGGUGGUGCUCGUCCAUGGCUUCGGGCCGGACCCCACGUGGCAGUGGGGGGUGCAGGUGGGCCCGCUCUCCCGCCACUUCGACCUCGUGGUCCCGACCCUCCUCUUCUUCGGCGCCUCCGCCACGCGCGCCGCGGCGCGAUCCGACGCCUUCCAGGCCGCCGCCGUCGCCGCGCUCCUCACCGGCGGCGCUCACCUCCCGGGCCUCAACGGCGCCGACGGGAAACGCCGGCUGGUGCACGUGGUGGGCACCAGCUACGGCGGGCUGGUGGCGCGGCACCUGGCGCGGGCGCUGGACGGCAGGGCGGAGACGGCGGUGGGGAAGGUGGUGCUCUGCGACGCCGACCUGGCCAAGGGCCCCGACGACGACGCGGCGCUGGCGGCGAAGGGCGGCGUGGCGGAGGUGACGGAGCUGAUGGCUCCGGCCGACGGCAAGGCGCUCCGGCGGCUCAUGGCGCUCUGCGUCCACCGCCCGCCCAAGUUCAUCCCCGAGUGCCUCGUCCGCGACCUCCUCCGGAAAUAUUUCGCGGACAAAAGAGAGGAGAAGAUCCAACUGAUCAAGGGGAUCAUCACCGAGCAAGACGACUCGCAGCUUAAUUCUCCUCUUCCUCAGGAAGUUCUUAUCAUCUGGGGGGAGUUCGACCAGAUCUUUCCUGUGGAGAAAGCACACAAAGUGAAGGAGAUUCUUGGGGAGAAGGCGACGUUGAAGAUAAUCCCGAACACGGGGCACCUGGCGCACCAGGAGGAUCCCAAGAUGUUCAACGAUAUCCUGCUCAAGUUCUUGCUGCCUUCUGUCGUCGCCAGCGAUGCAAAAUAAUUCAAAGUGUAUAUAUAAUUGAGAAUCUGCUUUGCCGGGAACAGGGUGCAGUGGUUCAGGAUCUUUGAUUUGGGUUUGUGUUUCUUUAAUUUCGAAUUAUGUAAUUGGUUGCACUUGAAUUAUCGUGUUUUGGAGAGGAUAGACCGAAAUAUUUUAUUUUGUCA